UGCUCUGAGACAGACACCAAACCCAUAAGGAGAACAGAAAACAAAACGAACAGCUUAACAAAUGGGGCUUAUAAAUUCUACACAACUGAAAAUCAAAGAAGCCCAGAUUAUAAUGCUUGGACUAGAUUCAUCUGGGAAAUCCACCCUUCUAUACAAGCUAAAAUGUAAUGAAGUCUUCCUAACGGAGCCAACGGUUGGUUUUAAUGUGGAGAUGAUUAAAACAUCAAAAGAUAUGACCUUAACAAUAUGGGAUGUUGGAGGUCAGCAGAAAAUGAGGACUGCUUGGGACAACUAUUUGGAAGACACAGAUUGCUUGGUCUAUGUUGUUGAUAGCUCUGACAAGCGGCACUUGGAAGAAUCAAAGAAAGAGCUGGAGCUUAUUUUAAGACAUGACAGUAUUAAAAAUGUACCUGUGGUUGUACUAGCAAACAAGCAGGAUCUUCCUGGAGCUCUGAGUGCUGAAGAAGUAACUGAGAAACUCAACAUGAAGAAGCAAUGCCAAAACCAAAACUGGUAUGUACAGCCUUGUUGUGCACUUACAGGAGUCGGACUCUCAGAAGCAUUUCAAAAAGUGACAAAAUUUGCAAAAUCUAGCAUAAAAUCCAAACAAGAGGGCUUUGCAAUUUUCAAACAACUUUAAACGAUCAUUUCAUAAUCUGGAUGAUUAAUUCAUUGCUGAGGAAGAACAUUAGCCUGUUCAUUAACCAUCAGAUUGUGUAAUAUGUUUUCCUUAUUUUUCAUGAAAGUAAAAUAUUUGUGACAGAGUUUGGGCCAAUCUCUCAUGUGUCUAUUGGCCUUCAAUAAUAUUAUGUUGCUCCCGGGGGGGGC